AUGGCAUCGGCAGACGGUGGCUCCCCGAGCUUCGAGCGCCGCGAACGCGAUGGCGAAAUUGAAAACGACCGCGACGGCGGCGACCGUCGACACCACCGCGACAACGACCGCCCCCGCAAUCGAGACCGCGAUCGCACCGAUAGCUACCGCCCGGCCCCCAAAGGACAACGACGCCCGACGCCGCCGAUGAAGACCGAGGAGGAGAAACAGGCCAUCGCAAAGGCCGAGUACGAGAAGCUGCUGUCCAUGCGAUCCGGAGGCACCUACAUACCGCCGGCGCGACUGAGGGCGCUGCAAGCCCAGAUCACAGACAAGAGCUCGAAAGAGUACCAGAGGCUGAUGUGGGAGGCGCUCAAGAAGAGUAUCAACGGUUUGAUCAACAAGGUCAACUACUCCAACAUCAAGCACAUCGUUCCCGAGCUCUUUGGCGAAAACCUGAUCAAAGGCCGCGGCUUGUUCUGUCGGUCCAUCAUGAAGGCGCAAGCGGCUUCUCUACCCUUCACACCCGUCUUCGCCGCAAUGGUAGCCAUCGUCAACACGAAGCUGCCUGCCGUUGGUGAGCUUCUGGUUAAGCGCCUCAUCAUGUCCUUCCGUAAGGGCGUCAAGCGUAGCGACAAGGCUGUUUGCGUCUCAUCCACGACGUUCUUAGCGCAUCUUGUCAACCAUCAGGUCGCCCACGAGAGACUAGCCGGUCAGAUGCUCCUUCUUCUCCUACACAAGCCCACGGACGACAGUGUCGAGAUCGCCGUCAACUUCAUGCGCGAAGUUGGACAGCACUUGCAGGACAUGCAGCCCGCAAUCGCCCUGGUGGUUUGGGAUCAACUGAGGAACGUGUUGCACGAGGCGGAUAUCGACAAGCGUGUGCAGUACAUGAUUGAAGUGUUAUUCCAGGUUCGCAAAGAUAACUUCAAGGAUAACCCGCCAAUCAAGGAGGAAUUGGACUUGGUUGAAGAGGAGGACCAAAUCACGCACAUGGUCGAUCUCGACGGUGAAAUCGACGUGCAGGAUGGCCUCAAUAUCUUCAAAUAUGACGCGGAGUGGGAGGAGCACGAGGAGGCAUACAAGAAGCUCAAGGCCGAGAUCUUGGGAGAGGGCAGCGACUAUGAUGACGACGACGACGAUGAGGACGAGAGUUCCGAGGAGGAGGACGACGAAGAGGAGAAAGCAAUGGAGAUCAAGGACCAGUCCAAUACUGAUCUGGUCAAUCUGCGCCGCACCAUCUACCUGACGGUCAUGUCGUCCAUCGACCCCGAGGAAGCAGUGCACAAGCUCUUGCGUGUUAACCUCCCGGCUGGCCAAGAAGCAGAGCUGCCCUCGAUGAUUGUUGAGAUUUGCUCCCAGGAAAAGACAUUCUCCAAGUUUCACGGUCUGAUUGGUGAGCGUUUCGCCAAGCUGAACAGAUUAUGGACAGGGCUCUUUGAAGAAUCCUUUGCCGACUACUACAGCAAAAUCCACCGAUACGAAACAAAUAGGCUCCGCAAUGUUGCGCGCUUCUUUGCGCAUCUGCUCGCAACUGAUGCCAUUGGUUGGCAUGUUCUCUCCGUCAUUCACCUUAAUGAAGAAGAGACGACCAGCAGCUCCAGAAUCUUCAUCAAGAUUCUCUUCCAGGACAUCUCUGAGGAGCUUGGCAUGGCAAAGCUGCAGGCGCGUAUGAAGGACGAGAUUCUCCAACCCAGUUUCACCGGACUCUUCCCCCGUGACAACCCACGAAACAUUCGCUUUUCCAUCAACUACUUUACCAGUAUUGGCAUGGGCGCUCUCACGGAAGCUUCCCGAGAAUAUCUUCUCAACAUGCCCAAGCCGGCCUUACCUGCGGCCCCAGCUGAUGAUUCCGACUCGGAGUCGGUGUCUAGCUACUCUUCGUACACGGGCUCGUCAUACUCUCGCUCUCGAUCAAGGUCGCGGACGCCUCAACGCGCUAUUGAUCGCAAGCACGCCGACUCUAGAUCUCCUUCGCCCCGUGGACGAGGACGCUCUUACAGCCGAGGCCGCAGCUCUACCAGAUCUCGCUCCUAUAGUCGUUCAGUCUCGCCUCCCAGAAAGGGACGCCGCAACGACUCAUACUCGGCGAGCCCUCCGAGAAGACGCGGUCGCUCGGUCAGCUACUCUAGAUCCCCCUCUCCGGCCAGGAAUGGCCCUCGGGAUCGUAGCCUCAGCGUCACACCUCCGCCUCGCCGGGCAACCCGAAGGAACAGCUCAAGCGUCAGCAGAUCUCCUCCUCCAAGGAGAGGACAUUCUAUUUCGCGCUCUGCCAGCCCUCCGCCUGCACGAGGCGUUCCUGUUCGUGGUCGUAGUCCAGGGCAAGACGCGCGCCGCCCAGUCCGGCGAAACAGUUCAUCUGUGAGCAGCGCGCCGCGGAAACGCGCCCGCUACGACAGUCGCUCUCCCAGUCGGUCGCCGAGUCGAGCGUCGUCGUACGAUUCGCGGUCUCGCUCCCCCGUCGGCCGUCGUGGGCCGAGAGAUAGCCGCUCACCUGUUGCGUCGAGGGCAAGGGAUGGUGACAGCGUCUCAGCGCCCCCGCCGAGAGCGAGGAAUGGUGGUCGCGAUGGGUCAGACUCGCGCUCACCGAGUCCCCCACCCAAGCGGUCACUCAAGCGAGGUUCUCCGGAUCGAGGUCGGGAUUCGAGGAGCCCCAUGAGCGCUAAGCGGAGGAGGUACAGCGACUCGGUUUCGAGGUCGAGAAGCCCGCCGCCGCUGAAGAAGGGACGGAGAUGA